AUGAAACGUCCGCCCAACGCACCAGCAUCCGUCCGUACCAAAGCAGCCACCACCCAAGACGACGUUGGCGACGUCUGCCGCGCCUGUCUCGAGUCUACAACGGCGACAAACACGGCACCCGCAUCCCGUGUCAACGGCCGCACACACACACACACGAUCGCCUGCAGGCCUGCAUCUCACCGUGUGCAUGUCUCGUCGCCCGCGCGUGUCGCGGCCAACACACCCACGCCCAGCGCCCCGUGGACACGGCGCGUCUCAUCAUCUCAGCCCCGCGCCGCCUCUGCCCUGGCCCCGUCGCCUGUGCAGCUCGCGGCAUGGUCGUCGACGAUAUGUGUUGUCCAUCACAGCAUUGUUCUACCUUCACCAAGAGGCACACUCCUGGUGCUGCCACAACAAGCCAGCUUCGGCUUGCUUCGUAAGCUUGUAGCUUCCCCUGUGCUGACGCGGGCAAUACCACCGGUGACAAACCCUCAACAUGGCCGCGGAUUGCUCGCCCAAUCGUGCCGCCAACCUCAGACGAGCGGCGCGCGGGGCAUGUCGCUCUGCUGCUGA